UGUAGAUCGUAGUUUAAGUAUAACCUUAACAAUAUCAUGUAGUACUCCUUGUGGCAUGAACGUUUGCCUAUCAGUUGAUCGUGUCCAAUUAAACCGCAUACAAAAGCAAUUUUCACCAUGUGAGGGCAUGAGUCAAGUUUGAAACCACCAUUUCAAGAGAACGCAUGACGCUGUGACGAUAAAAUGUGGCAUGAAUCAUAUUUCACCACUAACCACCAUCUGGCCCUCCGAUCAAAAUGGAGACCCAGACGAGCCUAAAAGCCAAAGGAACCGUCUGAAAUGUGUCAUUUUGCAUUUUUCAUUCGUUGGAGCAACAUCUAAACUUUCGGCCAACUAAGUGAGAAAUGGGAUCUCAAAUUCCCGCUCAGCGUCACCAGAAACGUGCACUCAAAGAAGUAAUUUCAUUCACAAUGGAAGAAGAGUUGGGCAGGGACGGGAAAACCGUUUCGACCAGGACAAUCAUAUCAUCCCGACCCAUUAUCUAUCGCAUCUGGAUCAAAAAUAGUACUCGUGAAGAGUUUCGCUUUCGCGCCCACGGCAGAUCUCACGAGGCCUUCUCGACUUCAAAGAAUUCACGUGGCUUCACACCAGUUCCCAAGGGCAAGUCUUGGGCCUUCACUUUGGUCCAAUUAAAUCAGGACGGGCAGAUUCCUCAUUCGUCAUUGUCUUACAUCAAAAUCCUUUCCAAAGAUGGCUCACAUUUCUGGGAUAUCACAGCUGAUUUGGAAGAGGAAAACGCCUUUGAGAUCUUCUGGAAUCCUACGCUCCAACAUUUUGCUGUCAGACCCUAUUAUACACUCACAAAACAGUAUGAGCCAACGACGAAAACUAGUCACUGAUGGAUAUCUGCGAUUAAAAUGUCAAUUUGAUCUCAAUAAAAACAUAUGGCAUUUAUGAAACUUAUAAAAACGUUUUUAAUACUAUACACUGUAUUGCUUGUCAUGUGGGUCUAUUUUUGAACUUC